UCGACAACUUUCAGUGUGUUAGUUUGGUCAUUCAAACAUGAAAACUUACCAAACUCAUGGGGAGACAGAAACAGUUGUUGUGCUUAUGCUGUAUCCAAUCUUGCCAGGAUAUCUCAGAAACCUCAUGUCAAAUCAGUUACACACUUAAAAUGGAUUAACGAUACAUUAAAAAAAAAUAAUGCAAUCAUAUCCCAAUACCAUAAAUCAGCACAAGUAAUGCUUAUCUAUUGGAAGGCCAUUACUGUUUAGUCCCCUGCUUGUAGUAAUGAAGCAGUGAUAUCCAGAGUACGGAGAGUUUAUUUAGUCUUUUUCUUAUUUUACUGCCUUAAGCAUCUUGAAUAAACUUUGAAUUGGUAUGUCAUUCAAAGGAAUAAAACUUGCCAUUAUCAGAUCCGUAAAAAGCGGACAAUUUCCUUGAGCCCUACAGUAAUGAUCAAUAAAAUUGGUUGUCCAGUAAACUCUUUCCCUUCCUCAUUGCCAAUCCACUGAGUGGAAAAGUUGAGCAUUAUAUCCUUGACAUUAUUAAAAGACAAGUAAAACAUGGGUCUGAUCCAGAGGUAAAUAUUAACAAGUCAUAAACAAAAGCCGAGAGAAGACUCAUGUGAGUCAGAAUAAAGGUGACGGCACAGCCUUGUACUAACUUGGAAGAUGACUUUUGCAAACGUGUGCAUUUCCUUGCUGUUAUGUGGCUUGAUUUCAGCCCAGGAUUACAGGCACUCCGAUCACAUAAAUGAAACUAUUGAAGCAUAUUCAUAUUGUCCUGAUAUGUGUGAUCUUCUGGGAAAGUUUGGUGCCAUGACAGAAAAAUUCAGAGACAUGCAAACCAGGCUGAUGAACACUGAAAGCAGGCUGAUGGACAGUGAAAAUGAGAUUCUGAAGCUGAGGAACAAAGAAAGAACCAAGGCGAUAUUCAGUGCGGCAACAGGGGGAGGCGACAGAGCCAUUGGACCGUACAACACAGACGUAACUUUAAUCUACAGAAAAGUGAUCGCAAACAUCGGGAACGCCUACAAUGCAGCCACAGGUAUCUUCACUGCACCUGUUCCAGGUGUUUAUUACUUCACUUUCUUCUGUCAUGCUGGAGGGCGAUAUGAAGUGAAGCUGUUUCUCUUCAAGAAUGGCGAAAAGAUUGUAGGGAUCCAUGAUCACAGCUCGUACUGGGACACAGCUGAUAAUGGAGGAAACGCAGUGUUCCUCCAGCUGCAGCAAAGAGACCAGGUGUAUGUAAGCAUGCCUGCAAAUUCACAUGUUUGGGGAGAUGACUAUGUUACAACUUUCAGUGGUUCUUUGGUCACUCAGAUGUGAGAAUUGAAAAACUGUUUUUUCCCAGACAUAAGAUUUUUAUAUUUU